AUGCAUUUGCAUUCGUUAAUGCGGGUGUCCUGUCGCGUUUUCAGGCCCGCACCGCACCCAGUUGCCGCAUUGGGCCGCGCAACGGCUAUAUAUUCAUAUCUGCUCCAUCUCCACAUCUUUCUUUCGUACAUUCCCUUUCAUUUUCGUUCAUUAUUCCUUUCUAUCAUGACGUACUCGGUGAUCAUUAUCGGCGCCGGAAUGGCCGGAAUCAAAACGGCCGUCGACCUUUACCAGGCGGGCGAACUCAACACGGUUGUUCUCGAGGCAAGAGACCGGUUGGGCGGGCGGCUUCUUCUGCGCAAGUCCACGCUCAACCCAAACGUCAGCUACGACUUUGGCGCGUCCUGGUUCCACGACGCGUUGGACAACCCGCUCUUGGAAAAGGCCAAGAGGUUGCGCAACAUCGACUACUUUUGGGACGACGGCAAGGCGCUCUACGUGGGCCAGCACUGCCGCCUGGUGGACACGGCCGUGUUCGACAAGGUGUUGGCCGAGUUCGCCACCUACUGCCGCCUCGUGUACGAGCGCGACGCCCGCAAGAGCGACAUGAGCAUCGCCGACUUGUUUGAAGAGUAUGUGGCCAGACACGGCCUGAACUGCACGCCCGACCAGAUCAAGUACGCCCGCCAGGCUCUCCGCAUGUGGACGGAGUUGUGGGACGGCUUGCUGUGGACAGACCUGUCGGCGAAGUUCGCCAGCAUAGCCGACGGCCACUUGGGCCGCAAUGCGUUUGUCAAGAACGGCUUCUACUCGGUCUACCAGAACGAGUUGGACGAGUUGCCGCGCUGGUACCAGGAGAAGAACAUCCGCCUCGGCACGCAGGUGGCGGCCAUCGACUACUCCGACCCGAGCCGUGUGACUGUCACCACCAGCGCCGGCGAAAAACUCUCUGCCGAUUACGUGGUGGUGACGGUGCCGUUGUCGCUCUUGAGUCUUUCAGAUCCGGUCGACGAGUGCUACGUCUCGUGGAACCCGCCGUUGCCCCGCAAGUUCACCGACUUGUGGCCCUCCUGCCAGUUCUCCUCCUUGGGCAAGGUAGUGCUUGAGUUUGACCAGUGCUUCUGGCCCGAAGACACCCACCGCUUCUACGUUUUCGGCUCCGACGACAGACCCACGGGCGCACCCAAGCCGUGGCUGUACCCGUCCAUUUUCGUCAACUACUACGCCAUGUCUGGAACACCGACGUUGGUUGCGUUGACGCAAGACCCGCUUUCCUCCGACAUCGAGAACAUGUCCGAAGACCAGAUCUGGGCCUUGUUCGAGCCGGCUGUGCGCCAGAUCGCCACAAAGCCCGUGGUCAAGCCGUUCCAGAUCCUCCACACCCCGUGGAACAAGGAUAAGUUUGCCCGUGGCUCGUACAUCGGAUGCAGAGUGAACGCAGACUUAUCGCACGUGUGCAACACCUUGGCCGGAGGCUUGACUGACCGUGUCCGGUUUGCUGGAGCAGAAACAAUGGACGACUCGUCCAAUGGGUGUGCCCACGGUGCUUGGUUUUCGGGGGCCAGAGAGGCACAACAUAUCUUGAGACACAUGAAGAAACGGUCCAAGUUGUGA